GGGAGGCGGGGAGGGGGAGGCUAACCCGGCCCACUCGGCUCCCAGCCCCUAGCGGCCGCUGGAGUCGGAGGCGGACGCGCGGGCGAGGAGGGCACCGGGGGCGGGAGGGCUCCGCUCCCCGCCGGACCCCUCUCGCCCCAGCCAGGAAGCUCCUCGAACUCCAGCGCCAGGGGACCGGCGACCGCGACUGCCAGCCGCUCGGGGUCAAGGACUCGUUCCGCCCGCGUCCCGCCCGCCCUCGGCGGCGCUCCGAACUCACUGGUGAGCGCGGCGCACGGGCGCUGGAUGCGGGGGCCGCUGCGAUGGCGCGGCGCGCGGGACGGCCGGAGCUCCCGGGGCCGCUGCUGCCGCGCCUGCUGCUCCUGGCGGCGGCGCUGAGCCGGCCCGCCGCGCCCUGCCCCUUCCAGUGCUACUGCUUCGGCAGCCCACGGCUGCUGCUGCGCUGCGCGUCUGGCGCCGAACUCCGGCAGCCGCCGCGGGACGUGCCGCCCGACGCGCGCAACCUCACCAUCGUGGGCGCCAACUUGACGGUGCUGCGCGCCGCUGCCUUCGCCGGCGGGGACGCGGACGGGGAGGGGGCGGCGGCCGGCGUGCGCCUGCCACUCCUUGCCGCGCUGCGCCUCACGCACAACAACAUCGAGGUGGUGGAGAACGGCGCCUUCGACGGGCUGCCCAGCCUGGCCGCACUCGACCUGAGCCACAACCCGCUGCGCGCCCUGGGCGGCGGCGCUUUCCGCGGGCUGCCCGCGCUGCGCUCCCUGCUGCUGAACCACGCGCUGCUGCGGGGCGGCCCCGCGCUGCUGGACGCGCUGGACACCGCGCUCGCCCCGCUCGACGAGCUGCGCCUACUAGGCCUGGCGGGCAACGCGCUGAGCCGCCUGCCGCCCGCUGCGCUGCGCCGGCCGCACCUCGAGCAGCUGGACGCGCGCCUCAACGCGCUGCAGGGCCUGGGCUCCGACGAGCUGAGGGCGCUAGAACGCGAUGACGGCCUCCCCGCGCCGCGCCUGCUGCUCGCCGACAACCCCCUGCGCUGCGGCUGUGCCGCGCGCCCCCUGCUGGCCUGGCUGCGCAACGCCACGGAGCGCGUCCCCGACGCGCGGCGCCUGCGCUGCGCCGCACCGCGGCUGCUGCACGACCGGCCAUUCCUGGACCAGGACGAGGCGCGGCUGCACUGCGCCGAUAGCAGCCCCGACGGCCGCGGGGAGGAGGUGGAAAUAGCCGGCCCGGAGCUGGAAGCUUCCUACGUCUUCUUCGGGCUGGUGCUGGCGCUCAUCGGCCUCAUCUUCCUCAUGGUGCUCUACCUGAACCGCCGCGGCAUCCAGCGCUGGAUGCGCAACCUGCGCGAGGCGUGCCGGGACCAGAUGGAGGGCUACCACUACCGCUAUGAGCAGGACGCAGACCCGCGUCGCGCCGCCGCCCCGGCCGCCACUGUCGGCUCCCGCGCCACGUCCCCGGGCUCUGGCCUCUGAGCCGCCCCACAGUCAGCUCCCUGAGGCCUGGCCUGUCCCGGAGCGCCCAGAAGCCGAGCGGUGGGACUUAGAGGCCUGUCCCUGACUGGCCUGGCACUUUGGAGGAUGAUACCACCCUAACCCCGCCUCCCUCCCGGAGGCACCGCGCUGCACCCUUUCUCGGCAGCCUCUGACAGCUGUCAUCUUCAAAGACCCAGGGGCACUCCCUUCUGACUGUAGAAACCCACCGCAGGCCCUGGGCUUGGCUCACCCCUCUUUCUGGAGGCAUCCAGACAUCCUGCCUUCGCAUCUGAAAGUCCCAAACAGCCUCCGCCCUGUACCUGGAGGCCUGGCACCCAAAGAACAUCAAAGCCCUCACAACUAGACUCCAUCAACCCCAUCCCAACGUGGAGCAGCGGUCAGUCUCUUGCCCAAAGCUCAAAGGCACCUACAUCCCAUCCUGCCCUAGAAACAGCAGUCCUACGUAGGAGUAUCUCGCCAGGGCCUCGAGUUCCCCUGCAGGACCCUGCAGUAUGGGAAGCUGUAGGGGAGGCCCCCUCCACCAACCUAAAGUGGUUUCACACCACCCACACCCCCAGCUCUGGGUCAGGCUCCUCCCUUCCUCUGCCCAGACUUGGGGAGCAGCCUCCCUAGAGACAGACACACCCUAUAAUAAUAGCCUUAGUGUGGAGCCCAUUCUCAGCCUUUUCCACUAAGCUCCGGUCUCCCAGUACUCAGAACUUGUCCCCAUCUCCCAACCCUCUCAGAUCAUCUCCGGAGCCUGUGUCCAGCCCUUGGCCCAAGCCUUAGACUCUCUACCGCCCACCCCUUAGCCACCAAGUCCACUCAGUAGUCAGCCCUGCACCUCUCUGGGUCAGAUUCCAGUUCAUCCCUGGUGUGUACCCACCCCCAGAACUACCAGGAUAAGUUUUUCAGCCCUUCACAAUGGAUGCAGAUGCCAUGCAUCUCCACCCACACUGGCAGAUCUUCACAGGAAGAAGAGUCCUGAGUGGGGGUCUCAGAGGCACUGGUCUGUCAUGCCUGAAGGGAUCAAGAGAGCUGGGAGCUACACCUUCCUCCUGCUGGUUCUCAGCCACAUGACUCUUCUGUUCUGGAGACUCCUUGCUGCUGUGCCCCCCACCCAAGAUUCUUUCUGGAAGAGGAAGGGGGUCCUGCCUCCUAUCUCAAGCAUGAGGCCUCCUGUUUAGGGUCAGAGCCGCAGCGCCCUGCCUUCUGCAUGAUCCCAAAGCACAACCGGUCUGGAGCUCCCCUGGGCAGUUUUCUAUAAAGUCUGCAAUAAUCUCCAAGCCUCAGAUCUUGUAAGUGGUGCCAUUUUAUUCCCUCUGACAUGGGGUGUAGGAGGAGGUGGGAAGAGGCUGGUGGACCAGGGCCUUUGGGUGUGUCGGGUUGUGUGGCAUAAUGACCAACAUGGGUGGACUUGGGAACAUGAACUGGACAGUGGCUGCAAAGAGCAAGGCUGAAGCUAGAUGCAUGGAGGGACUUCCCUAAGCUAUGGCACAGAUCUCUGAGCCAGCCAGCCUCCUAUUUUCUUUAUCAGAGGUGGGGUCCCAGGUUCUCUAUGAACCUCUUCCCUCCAUUCCUCAUCAUUUUGGGGGUGGUAUGGGUAUGUUAAUGCUAGACUGGCAAAUGCAGGUGUCAGAAGAGGUUGUCAGCAAGGAACUCAAGUCAAACCGGACAGAAGAGGGGUUGUUAUAUGUGGCUUUGGCUUCAUCCCUUGCCUGAUACUCCCUUGUGUCUUGUUAUGCCAUGCUCACCCAAGGGCAAGAGCUUCACCUUGGGGUGAGAAAGGCUGAGAGGAGCAUCACAGAGGUGAUGGAGGGUGUUAACAUGACCCCAGAAAUGUGAAACAAAGACACAGAUGAGUUCUGGGCCGUCAGGAUCAUGAGCAGAGAUUUGUCUUCUGCCCUGGGGUCACCAGACAGGGUUCAUCUUUAUUCAGUCACAGGACCCCAGAACCACAUAGCAAUAGUUAUGUCCACAACACCUCAAAUUUGUGCCAUCCCCACCAUUACUGCAAAGAAUCUUAGCAACAAAAUGGGAGGCCUCCCAAAGUCCCUCCGUCAUGGGGAAGGAGUCCCUCCCCAUUGGGAGCAUUGCUGGCAGUGCCAGAACGAUCAACCCUGGACUCCCUGACUGUCCCAGCUCCACUUCUGUGAUAGUAACACACUUGACCCAGCAUAGUUUUGAUGAGUUGAAGGAUAUGCAUAUGUUUUAUUUAUCUCCCUAUAGCAAACCCCUGCUCCUGUGCCUAUGUAUUCCUCAUAAAUUCUAUUGAAAUAUCCUGUCUGCCCAUGACCUUCAAAGAGUGCUCUGGGGACCAGGCCAUGACUCCCUCAAUAAAGCACACACAUUACCAUGUGUAAGGACCUGGGUUCAAGCCCCUGGUUCCUACCAGCAGGGAGUAUGCUUCAGGAGUGAUGAAAUAGUGCUGCAGGUGUCUCUCCUCUCUGUCCCUCCCUCCCUACCACCCUCAAUAAGAAAGAAAGAGAGAGAAAGAAAGAAAGGCAAAGAAAGGAAAAGGAAGAAAGAGUCCAGGUGGUGAUAUACUUGGUUAAGCACACACAUUACAGUGCACAAAGACCCAAGUUCAAGUCCCUGGUACCCACCUGCAGGGGAAGCUCCAGGAGUGGUGAAACAAGGCUACAGUUGUCUCUCUGUCUCCCUCCCCCUCCCAAUUUUUUUCUAUCUCUAUCCAAUAAUAAAUAAAUAAAAUAUUUUAAAGGGAGAGAGAGAGAGAGAGACCUGGAAUGAUGGUGUUGUGCAGGUACUAAGUCCCAGUGAUAACCCUAGUGGAAAUAAAUAUACAGGUACUCUGUCAGUCCUCCAGGACAAAAUAGGAACAGUUUCUCAGACCUAGGUUGGAGAACUGUGUCUCUGACAGGUCAUCACCUCCCUGAUUGUAAAGGUGUGCCCUGUAGUAGUGUAGUCUAAGACUUUAAUAUGUUUUGGCAAAUAAAUGUGCUAUUUGCUGUGGGCUUGCUGCCAGCAAAAAUAUCUGAGGAUUUUAUGAGAGCUGCUGCUAAGCUAAGUAGCAAAUCAAUGGUUGUCAAAAAUCUAACUAAUUGAGUGCCUAAUAUAUGCCUGUUGUUAUUGAACCUCAAUGCCAUUAAAUUCCCAUUAAAUGUCA